AUGGGUGCAUUUGCCCAGUACAAUGGUGCCCAGUAUCUUGAUGGCUACGAGGCUGUUAACCUCCCAACCGAUCCUGUGCAGAUUCGACUUGCAUACCAAGGCCCAACGGCCAUGAUGGUGUCCUGGAACACCUUCGAACAACUCACCAAUCCUUCCGUCUCCUAUGGCACGGAUCCUGCCAAUCUCGACCUUACCGCCAGCUCUUCAGUCUCUGUCACCUACGCUACAUCUUUAACGUGGAAUAAUCACGUUAAUAUUACCGGACUAUCAUCGUAUACAACUUAUUACUACCUACCCCAAUACAGUAACGCUACUACUCCAUACACGUUCACUACUGCACGUGCAGCAGGUGAUGCAACACCUUACACAGUCGGUGUUGUUAUCGACAUGGGUACUUUCGGAGCCCUCGGUUUGAGCUCAUCCAUUCUUGCGGCAGAUGAUCCUCUGGGACCCACUGAACAAACCACUAUUGCUGCUCUUUCAGAGAUGAUUAACGAUUACGAGUUCGUAGUCCAUCCCGGAGACUACGCGUAUGCGGAUGCUUGGGCAAAGGAAGAGGCCGCAGGCGAGAUUCCCACAGGAUCAGCUCUGGCGCAGUACACCAUCGUCUAUGAAAGCAUCCUGAACGCCUUCUUUGAUGAGUUGGAGCCUAUCACAUCACAAAAAGCAUAUAUGGUAAAUCCAGGAAAUCACGAAACUAAUUGCGACAAUCUUGGAACCAAAGCAUGCACUGUCGGCCAGACAAACUUUACUGGCUAUCAGAACCAUUGGCGUAUGCCUAGCAACCCUUCUAAUGGUGUCGGCAACAUGUGGUAUUCCUACGACUACGGCAUGGCACAUUUCGUUCACAUAAGUACCGAGACAGAUUUGGGUAAUGGCGGUAAUGGCUUGGUGGCUCCUGACAGUGCGUUUGGUGGUCCUUUUGGCACCACCGCCAACGAGCAGAUUAAUUGGCUAACCAACGAUCUUGCUUCGGUUAAUCGAACAUUAACGCCCUGGGUCAUCGUUUUGGGUCACAGACCUUUCUAUGUUUCAUCCUCGAGCAAUAUUUGCGCUCCUUGCAUUACGGCCUUCGAAACUUUGUUUUAUACCUACAAUGUUGAUCUUUACGUCAACGGACAUUCUCACUUGUACGACAGGACUGUACCGAUCUAUAACAACAUUAUUGAUCCAAAUGGUUACAAUAAUCCUAAAGCUCCGAUGUACCUGACCAAUGGAGCUGGUGGACACUUUGCCGGGCUUGACACUCCUUCAGCAAUUAUGCCUUACACUGCCUAUAACCAGGCUUUGGAUUAUGCAUGGACAACCCUGGAAUUCCUUAACAGCACUCACUGGGUGGUUAAUGGGUUGUGGUCUGCGAACAACACUAUCUUUGACACGGUGACUCUUUACAAAGCU